AUGUCCUCCAGACCAAAAAUCCUCCUUCUCGGCGAAAUUGAAUACGCGUCAGAAGCAUGGCAAUCUCUCAGCUCUCUCGGCGACCUGAUAGUCCCAGCCGCCACCAACCGUGACGACUUCAUCAGGGAGUGCCGAGAUGGAAAACUCGACGGCGUGGUUGCCGCCUACCGCACGUUCCAGUCCACGAGCAUCACUGGUCUUUUCGACGCCGAACUGUGCAACGCUCUGCCCAAAUCGUGGAGAUAUCUCGCCCAUUGUGGCGCCGGGUACGACCAGAUCGACCCCGAAGCCUGCUCUGCUCGGGAUCCGCCACUUCUGGUGUCCAACGUGCCGACUGCGGUUGACGACUCGACGGCGGAUACGGCCAUCUUCCUCAUGCUGGGGGCGUUGCGGAACUUCAAUACCAGCAUGGUGGCGUUACGCAAAGGUCAGUGGCGCGGCUCCCCAGCUCCGUCUCUCGGGCAUGAUCCCCAGGGCAAAGUCCUGGGCAUCCUGGGCAUGGGCGGCAUCGGGCGAAACAUGAAGAAAAAGGCACAGGCGUUUGGGAUGACGGUCAUCUACCACAAUCGAAGAGAGCUGGACGCCUCCCUCGCCGAUGGUGCCGAGUACGUUUCCUUCGAGGAACUGCUGAAGCGCAGUGACGUGCUGAGUCUGAACCUCCCGCUGAACCCGAAGACGCGCCACACCCUCUCCACCGAGCAAUUCCAGCUGAUGAAACCGAGCGCGAUCAUUGUGAACACCGCACGCGGCGCGGUGGUCGACGAAGUUGCCCUCGUGCACGCCCUGGACAGGGGCCUCAUCGCCGGCGCCGGCCUGGACGUGUACGAAGACGAACCCCGCGUGCACCCGGGCCUGCUGGACAACGACAAGGUCGUGCUCUUGCCGCACAUGGGCACGUGGACCAGCGAGACCAUGAAGAAGAUGGAGGAAUGGGCGAUUGAGAACGUGAGACUGGCCCUCGAAACGGGCGAGUUGAAGAGUCCCAUCUUCGAGCAGAGGGGGCUUGUAUAG